AUGCUGGAGAUGAAAAGUCUGCAGGACGAGCCCGUGGAAGGCUUCAAAGUUACUUUAGUGGACGAGUCGGACAUGUACAACUGGGAAGUGGCCAUUUUCGGACCCCCAAACACGCACUACGAGGGUGGUUAUUUUAAGGCGCGACUCAAGUUUCCUGUUGACUACCCAUAUUCACCCCCUUCCUUCCGCUUCCUCACCAAAAUGUGGCAUCCAAACAUCUAUGAGAAUGGAGAUGUUUGCAUUUCUAUUUUACACCCGCCUGUAGACGACCCACAGAGCGGCGAGCUGCCUUCAGAAAGGUGGAAUCCAACACAAAAUGUCAGGACCAUCCUACUCAGUGUCAUCUCUCUACUCAAUGAGCCCAACACGUUUUCACCAGCCAACGUCGACGCCUCAGUCAUGUACCGCAAGUGGAGGGAGAGCAAAGGCAAGGACAGGGAAUACAUUGAUAUCAUCAGCAAGCAAGUAUUAUCCACCAAAGCAGACGCGGACCGGGACGGCGUGAAGGUCCCCGUGACGCUGGACGAGUACUGCGUCCGCACUCAGGUCCAGCCCACAGACGACGGCUACAACCUGUUAUACGACGACUAUUGCGACGACGAGGACUUGGAGGACGAUGAGGAGGACGAGGAAAACGAAGACUGUUGCUAUGACGACGACUCCGGCAACGAGGACUCCUGA